GAUCGAGAAAAUUCAAGUAGCACCACGUCGCGUGAGGCGAGUCGAACCAAUAACACACCGCCACGUAUCGAAGAGCCCGUCAGAUUGUCCAGCGUGGCAUUAGUUACCCAAUAGGAUAGCAAGGCGCAUAUCGAGUGUAUCCUCGAGUGUGAGCACAUAUAAAUAACACUAAACAAAUCUGAAUUAAAGCAGCUAAACCCUAAGAUCUACACGAGAUCGACGAGAGCUGCAGCUAUGAACAAGUGGACGCUACUGUUUUUCCUCUGCUUCAUUUUUCUCCUGCAAGAUCAAGCACGGAAGCUUAAUGUAAAUGCUGAAGCUGAAUCAGAAGAGUUAGUGGAUCCUCCUAAGAUUGAAGAUAAGCUCGGUGCUGUUCCUCAUGGUUUAUCUACCGAUUCCGAUGUUGCCAAGAGAGAAUCUGAGUCCAUGUCGAGGAAAAAUCUGCGCAGUAAUGCGCAGAAGUUUGAGUUUCAGGCCGAGGUGUCUCGCCUUAUGGACAUCCUUAUCAAUUCGCUUUACAGUAACAAGGAUAUCUUCUUGAGGGAGCUGAUCUCGAAUGCUUCUGAUGCUUUGGACAAGAUUAGGUUCCUAUCGCUCACUGAUAAAGAGAUACUUGGUGAAGGUGAUGAUGCUACGCUUGAGAUUCAGAUCAAAUUGGACAAAGAGAAGAAAAUACUUUCAAUUCGUGACCGAGGUAUAGGCAUGACCAAGGAGGAUUUGAUCAAGAAUUUGGGAACUAUAGCCAAAUCCGGGACUUCUGCUUUUGUGGAGAAAAUGCAGACAAGCGGAGACCUUAAUUUAAUUGGCCAGUUCGGUGUUGGGUUUUACUCAGUAUAUCUUGUUGCGGACUAUGUAGAAGUCAUAAGCAAGCAUAAUGAUGACAAGCAGCAUGUGUGGGAGUCAAAGGCUGAUGGGGCUUUUGCAAUUUCAGAGGACACAUGGAAUGAACCACUUGGACGUGGAACUGAAAUCAGAUUGCACUUAAGAGAUGAAGCUGGGGAAUAUGCAGAAGAGUCUAAGUUAAAGGAAUUGGUGAAGAAGUACUCUGAGUUUAUCAAUUUCCCUAUACGCCUUUGGGCAAGCAAAGAGGUUGAUGUAGAAGUUCCUGCUGAUGAAGAUGAUUCUAGUGAUGAAGAGGAGAAACCCGAAGAAACCUCCACCGAGGAGGAAGGGGACGAUGAUGAUUCUGAGAAAGGAGAAGACGAAGAUGAAAAAAAAUCAAAAACCAAGACAGUUAAAGAAACUACUUAUGAGUGGGAACUUCUGAAUGAUGUUAAAGCUAUAUGGCUACGAAGUCCAAAGGAGGUGACAGAUGAAGAGUAUGCGAAAUUUUAUAAGUCUCUCGCAAAGCAGGACUUUAGUGAUGAGAAGCCUCUAGCAUGGAGUCACUUUAAUGCUGAAGGAGAUGUUGAGUUCAAGUCCGUCCUCUUUGUACCUCCAAAGGCUCCUCAGGAUUUGUAUGAAAGUUACUAUAAUGCAAACAAAUCUAACUUGAAGUUAUAUGUUCGACGGGUAUUCAUAUCAGAUGAAUUUGACGAACUCCUGCCAAAGUAUCUUAGUUUCCUGAUGGGACUUGUUGAUUCAGAUACCUUGCCACUUAACGUAUCACGAGAAAUGCUUCAGCAACACAGCAGUUUGAAAACAAUCAAGAAAAAGUUGAUCAGAAAAGCCCUUGAUAUGAUUCGGAAGAUUGCUGAUGAGGAUCCUGAUGAAUCAAAUGACACAGAGAAGAAAGAUAUUGAAGAAUCUGAUGACAAUAAUGAGAAGAAAGGUCAGUACACAAAGUUUUGGAAUGAGUUUGGCAAAUCGAUAAAACUUGGUAUUAUUGAGGAUGCAGCCAACAGAAACCGCUUGGCCAAACUUCUAAGAUUUGAAAGCACAAAGUCAGAAGGAAAAUUGACUUCACUUGAUCAGUACAUAAAAAGAAUGAAACCUGGGCAGAAGGAUAUAUUUUACAUUACAGGAACGAGCAAGGAACAGUUGGAAAAGUCUCCAUUCCUAGAGAGACUUAUUAAGAAAAACUAUGAGGUUAUUUUCUUCACAGAUCCCGUGGAUGAGUACCUCAUGCAAUACCUAAUGGAUUAUGAAGACAAGAAGUUUCAGAAUGUGUCGAAGGAGGGUCUAAAACUUGGGAAGGAUUCAAAAGGCAAAGAAUUGAAGGAAUCUUUUAAGGAUCUGACCAAAUGGUGGAAAGGUAUUCUUGCUAGUGAGAAUGUAGAUGAUGUGAAGAUAAGCAACCGUUUGUCAGACAGUCCUUGUGUAGUUGUAACAUCAAAAUAUGGCUGGAGUUCAAAUAUGGAGAGGAUCAUGCAAUCACAGACACUUUCAGAUGCUAGCAAACAGGCAUAUAUGCGGGGCAAAAGGGUCCUUGAAAUCAAUCCAAGGCACCCUAUUAUCAAGGAGCUCCAGGAGAGGGUUGUCAAGGACCCCGAGGACGCAAAUGUAAAGCAAACAGCAGAGCUCAUGUAUCAAACAGCAUUAAUGGAGAGUGGUUUCGUUCUCAGUGACCCAAAGGACUUUGCAUCCCGUAUAUAUGGCCAAGUGAAAAAUAGUCUAAAUAUUAGCCCUGAUGCUGCAACUGAAGAGGAAGAGGAUGUUGAAGUUGAAGCUGAAGCUGAAGCUGAAUCUAAAACAAGUGAAGCAGAUUCUUCUAAAGAAGAAGAUUUAGAUGUUAAGGAUGAGUUGUAGUCUGUACGUGUUCUGUGUUUCUCUUUAAAUUACGCAUACGGAAUUUUACUUUUUAAUCACAUCUCUUGUUUUGAAAGAGUAACCACCCCCAAAAGAAGUUUGCACGCCACGAGGUCUUAGGGCAUUAAGAGUUGAUCAUAGAUUGAUUGUAAGCAGAAGGUGGGGGGUCUUUUGUUGUAACUGAAACGUGCUUCAUCUUUGUAUUAGCGAAGUAGUUUAGUUGACCUCAUAUUUACCUUAUAUUCUCUUGUUAGUAUGAUCUAUACCUGGUUUCUUGAAGACUCA